CGACUACCAAGCAUUUCAGCCUUGAGGCCAAAAAUUUAAUUUCCUGGUCUUUUAGUUAAAUAAUUGGGGUUCUUUGGUAAUUUUGGUGAUAUUUAAAUAGAAAAAUUCAGAGAUUGCAAAAAAAAUCUUGAUAUACAGGGAAAAAUGAGCGAACAAGCAGAAACAGCAAUUCAAAUUUGGAAGAUUCGCCGCUUGGUAAAGCAGUUGGUCAAUUGCCAUGGCAAUGGUACUUCAAUGAUUACAUUGAUUAUUCCUCCUCGUGAACAAAUUUCUCGAAUUAGCAGCAUGCUUGCGGAAGAAUAUGGUACCGCCUCAAACAUUAAGUCUCGUGUGAACAGACUUUCCGUCUUGUCCGCCAUUACCUCGACUCGUGAGCGUCUAAAGCUUUACAAUAAGGUCCCCGAAAACGGUUUGGUUAUUUACUGUGGUGAAGUUAUGAUGGAAGGCAAUAAAACCAGAAAGCUUAACAUUGACUUCGAGCCUUUCAAACCCAUUAAUACCUCUCAAUAUUUGUGUGAUAACAAAUUUCACACAGAAGCUCUUGCCGAAUUGUUGGAGACUGAUCAACGCUUUGGCUUCAUUGUUAUGGAUGGUCAUCAAACUCUUUACGGUAUGGUUUCUGGUAGUUCUCGCGAGGUGUUACAAAAGUUUAGCGUUGAUUUGCCCAAGAAGCACGGUCGUGGUGGUCAAUCAGCUCUUCGUUUCGCUCGUCUUCGUGAGGAGAAGCGACACAAUUACAUUCGUAAGGUUGCCGAAAAUGCUGUUCAACAUUUUAUCACAGAUGACAAGGCCAAUGUCGCUGGCCUUAUCCUUGCUGGUUCUGCUGAUUUCAAGACUGUACUUGGUCAAAGUGAUUUGUUUGACUAUAGACUACAAGCAAAAAUCAUCAGGACUGUUGAUGUUUCCUACGGUGGUGAAGCCGGUUUCAACCAAGCUAUUGAAUUGUCAGCUGAUACCUUAGCUAACGUGAAAUUUGUUCAAGAGAAAAAGAUUAUUCAAAAGUUCUUUGAUGAAAUUAGUUUGGAUACUGGCAAGUAUUGCUUUGGUGUUGUCGAUACUAUGAAUGCUUUACAGGAAGGUGCUGUCGAAAUCCUUCUUAUUUAUGCCGACCUUGACAUGACGCGCUACGAGUUUAAAAACUCUGAGGGCAAUACUGUAGUUAAUUACAUGACCAAAGAACAAGAAGAAAACGACAAGACCAACUCAUAUUUGCUUGAUAAAGAAACUGGUGCCGAAAUGGAGUUGGUUAACACAAUGGCAUUGUCUGAGUGGCUUGCCGAGCACUAUAAGGAUUAUGGUGCGAAUUUGGAAUUCGUUUCUGAUCGCUCUCAAGAGGGUAUGCAGUUCGUUAAGGGUUUCGGUGGCAUUGGUGCCAUUAUGCGUUACCAACUCGAUCUCUCAAUGCUUGAUCCAGAAUCUGAUGAAUUUUACUCCGAUUCUGAGUAAAUUAAAAUCUAAUAAUUUACUUAGAUUUACUUUUGUAUUUCCUAUCCUUUUCCAUACUUAUUUGUUCUCUAAAAUACAUUCUUUUUCACUUCGAAAGGUUUCAUAAUUGCUAUCUAUUUAUGGUUUCUGGCAAUUGCAAGGUUUUUCGGUCUAAAAUUUGCGGUAGUAUCGACUCAUUAUUAUAACAUACUCUUGCUUUACUUUGAGUAUAAAUCAAUUACUUAUUUUACUGUUCAUAAGAAACGCUUUAGAGCGUUUCAUUGUAUCUAUGGUCAUAGUUCUAACGCUAGAAUGCAUCCAAUUUUUCUAAGAUUCAAGCCGA